CAUUAGGCAGGAACAGCACACACUCCUGCUCUUCCUGUGCAUAUAAGGAAAGCCAACGCAGGCAGAAUCAACGACGACAUCAUGGCGUGAUCAAGUCAGACACAGUGGAGGAGGAGGAGGAGCUGGCGUGAAGGACGGUUACAAAUGCAGCUUGCAGAGGGAGCGGAAGCAGGAGAGAGCAGCUUAAAUAAGGCGGCAUGAGUGAGAUUAGCCAAUAUGCUUUGAAGUGAAUCAGCUGGUGAGGGCGUGCAUGAGAUCAGCUGUUAUCACUGGCAGGAAAGCAGAGCGUGACUCCAUGACCUGCCUGAGCUAAUGCAAUACGCUCACUUCCACAAACACACGGGGGAGGACUUGGUGGCUUGGUCCAUUAUUCACUCAGUCAGUGGUCCUGACAAAAGAGCAGAAUGGGAAAAAAAAAAAGACGACAUGUGAUUAUAUCAUCCUAACGGACUUCCAUAAACAUAUUUUACUACACCCAUCCAAACAUGGCCACCCCACCUGAGUCCAUGAUUGUCUCUCGGAUGGAGGAAGAGGACUGAGGUAGUUUAGUUUCACCGCAGCUACACCUGCCAAGAAACACAGACUGUUUGUCUGCGAGCUUCUCUCCUGCUCAUAACUCUGUCUCUGGGCCGGACGGGAAGAAUCCCCACGUCUACUCUCUUAUGCAGCUUCAUUUUGACCAUGUGCAGGAAGCAGGAUGUUACCUUUAUUCCUGCUCGUAAAGGCGACGUUCCGUAUCAUGUCACAACGUAGCUGUAAAAUAUAUCUACAUUUUUAGUGUUCAAACUAUAAAAUGAUGAAAAGUCUAAAUGUUGCUUUAGAGACGAUGAAGUGUUUGAGUGAGCGCCUCCUCGCCUCAUUAACAAUUAACAGAAACUUUAUCUGCUCCAGUGACAUAAAGAGGGGUACAUCUCCAUGGUGAUGACCCCCCCAGACCUGCAAACACACACACACACACACACACACACACACACACACACACACACACACACACACACACACACACACACACACACACACACACACACACACCUCGAUGGUCCAGCAGGCAGUUCAGGUUAGUAUGAGAGGAGCAGCAGCAUGCACAGGUCGUACCAGCCGCUGAAACCUGUCACAAACCGCUUCCUGCAGCAGAGAUGGGACCACAACGACUACGACAACCACCGCCGGAAGGUGACCUCCUCCCUGCCUGUAGUGGACACCAAGGGCUCGAGGACCCCCGCUCACGUCCAGCUCAAACUCAAAAAACAGCAGCUGCAGGAUGAGCGUCUGUCCAUCAUCGACAGAGAUAACCGCCUUCUGGCCUCCAAACUGGCCGCCAUCAUUGGCUCUCAGGGCCUGGUGGACCAUCGGAACCAUUACCACCUGAGGAGUUUGAACGCUGACAAAAGGAGGGAGGAGCUUAUGUUGGUCAGCCGUCAGAAUCAGGCCAUCCACCAGCGAAUCACAGCUCGUCAGUCAGAGUACCGCCGCCAGAUGUGGUUGGAUGACUGGGAGAGGGUGGAGCAUCGGCGGGACGAAAUCUCCCGGUACCCUCGAGGACUAGCGGAGAAACAGAGGUCACACAGGAAGGUGAAGUUUGCAGCUGUGGAUGGCAGCGAGCGCUCGACGAGCUGCAGCAACACCGACACAGACGGAAGCAACAGAGAAACCUGA